CAGGUGUCGCUUACUGUCAGCAUGGCACUGCCCUGGAUCCUCACUGUCUUGAGUCUCCUGCCACUGUUUGAGGCCCAGAAUCCAGCCAAUGUCAGCAUCACAGCCAUGCCUAUCACCAAUGCCACUCUGAACUGGCUGGCUGGCAAGUGGUUCUACAUAGGCUCGGCUUUUCGCAAUCCUGAAUACAAGCAGGCAGCUGAACAGAUCCAGGCAGCAUUCUUUUACUUUUACCCCAACCUGACAGAGGACACAAUACUGCUCCGAGAGUACCAGACCAUGGAGGAUCGCUGUGUCUAUAACUCCAGCCAGCUGAGGGUCCAGCGAAAGAACGGGACCCUCUCCAAACUCGAGGGGGACAAGGAACACUUUGCCCAUCUGAAACUGCUUGAGGACCCCAGAAGUUUCAUGCUUGCCUUCCAGCCGGAGGACGAGAAGAAUUUGGGGCUAUCCUUCUAUGCUGAUAGUCCAGAUGUCUCCCAGGAGCAGAUAGGAGAGUUCCAGAAGGCUGUCAUCAGUGUGGGCAUGAAGAAGUCGGAAAUCAUGUAUACUGACUGGAAAAAGGAUCUGUGUGGGCCACUGCAGAGGCAGCCUGAGCUGCGGGAGAUGAAGGCAGAGGAGGAGAAGCCCUAGGAAUACCCGGCACUGGUUCAGCAUGCGAAGCCAUCCUCUCCCUGCCCAACACACACACACACCUGGUGUGUCUCAGUCCCUCUUUGUGGCAAUAAACCUUCUGCUUGAAAUGA